AUGGAUGGGACGCUAAUCGAUUCCACCCCUGGCGUCCUGCGGGCCUGGCGAAUUUUCAGCGACGACUACAAACUGGGCGAUUCAGAGUCGGUGGCUCACGAAACACAUGGGCGUAGAUUGUAUGACACUUUGAAAGAGUACUGUGGGAUCACAGAUGAAGAAAGACUCCUUCAAGAGAUCGAUCGCUUCGAGGAGGAAGUCAUUGAAGGAGGGCCAAUGGCUUUGCCAGGUGCUAUUGACUUGCUUAGAAAGUUGAACUCUGAUCCAUCGACGAGCUCGAAAUGGACUAUAGUUACUUCAGCCUCGAAUAAAUAUGCACCCCGAGCCCUUGAACGAUCCGGGGUUCCUUUGCCUUCCGUUGGAAUCAUCACAUCCAACGACGUUUCGGAAGGAAAACCACAUCCUGCCCCGUAUCUUGCAGGUAGCUUGCGGUGUUCCAUUAACCCCGAAAAUUGUUUAGUUGUUGAAGACGCGAUAUCCGGUUUGAAAUCAGGUCGGGCAGCUGGUUGUCGCACACUGGCUGUAUGUACCUCAACGUUACGGAGCAAAAUUUUGGACUCUGGUGUGCAGCCUGACUUCAUUGUUAGCGACCUCACCAAGGUAUCAGUGGCCGUCGUUGAUAACAAACUGCAGGUCACCGUAGAUCAGAGCUAG